AUGGCAGAACUCAUGGACUCCGUGAUUGCGAAGGUUGCUGGGAAGGAAUGGCAGUUCCAGUCACUGCCACUUCCCCAAAUCGGCCACCUGUCCGACAUUGACGAUGCAAUUUCACUUCAGCAAUUCCUGUCGGCAUCCUGCCGCAGAUGUGACGGUGUCAAAACCACUACGCUGAUCUUUGACGUCCAUAUGAAAGUAGCGGAGUACGGUGGACUUGCUCGGUUGGGUGAACUGAUACAGCAGGGUGAGCUCACGGAUCUUCCUCCUUCGCUACGUGUCCAAGAACAACUCCCACCGGGCGCGAAGAUGGGGGUCAUCAUCCACAACCUCCAGGACGGCACCAUGAACAUCAUCAAAAUGUUUCACUUCCCCGAGAAGGUGGGCAUGCCUCAUGCCAAGAAGAUAUGCACAGGUGAUGUGUAUAUUCCUGUCUACAAAGCAGAGUCGGGGCCACACUCUGUGCGGAAGGCCAUCCAACACCUGUUGCAACGGCUGCCUGGGUUUCGAGUUCUUUGGAACAAUGUUUCAGAAAAGCAACCUGGAAUACGUCGUGCUCAGACGGCACAGUGGGCGCCAGAAGAUGAAGAACUCCGCAGAGGCAUAGACUACAUCAAUGACAACGCCCCAGAAGGUGAUGCUCGCAAUGAGCAAACUUUCUGGAUACUCAGCAACAUCCGGGAAGGCUCAGGGUCUCCUAUAAGCGGAUGGCCUGAGUCCAAGGUCCGCAACAUGUGUGUGAACAAAUCCCGCGGCAUUGCGGGUGCAUCACCAUGCUACGACUUUCCUUUGCAUACCUACAGUAUGAAACCCUUCCUGUCGGAUGUCCUCCUUCCCAUGAUCUACCCUCUCAUGGUCCUCCACGGCGUCAUUAUGAUAGGAUGGCCGGGUGUAGGCAAAACACCGGCCUUGAUUGUCAUGGGUCUUGCGAUGGGCCGACAUCACCUCAAGAGACUUGGUGUUGAAGGAGUACCGUCCUGGAGACGCGACAAGUCCUUAGAGAACUUCAGACAGCGAGUUCCUGUUCCGGGGGAAGCUCUUUUCUUGGAUGAUCCAAAUCGCAACAAGGUUGAUCUCGCGGACCUCAAGUCAUACCUGACAGCAGAAGAGGAUCAGACUUGUAGUGCACGCUACAAUGAUGUGAAGCUCAUGCGGGGGCAGCCACGCCUGUAUGCAGGAAAUCAUCUUGCCAAGGCCGAUGAGCCGGAAGCGGACUCUCGCACAACCAUCAAGCCUGAGGAGCUGUUGUGCCUGAUGCGCCACACGUUCCCGGAUGAGAAGGAUGCAGACAUCAUGGCGUGCUUGAAGAGGGCGGUGGUGUUCGUGUUUGGCAAGUAUGCCUUAUACCUUCGGCUCCCGUCUGAAUCGGCUGAGGCCAUGGUGCAUCGCAUUCAACGCGACGACCUGCAUCUUGACCUACUUGGUCCGCACGACAAGCAGUUCCUCUCGGAUUACAAGAGUGGGUACUCAUCCAAAGACCCGGAUUUUGCAAGCCAUGUCCAGCGAGAGCAGGACAUGAUCCAAGCAGCCUAUCAAAAGAUGAAAGACGCCGGGCACAUAAAGUCUUACUUGGAAAAGUGCGACCACGAAAUCCAACAGCACCUACUUCCUCGCAGAGCACUUGUCCGGCAUCUUCCGUCUUCUCCUUCUUCUGACGAAAAUGACAUUCCCGCAACAGUGCCAUUCUCUGUACAGCUAGCUGGCCACGACCAACCCCGCCGCCGCAUUACUAACUCGACGAGCUUCACCUAUGGCAACAAUCCGAAGCGCCGCUUGACCUCAAAGACUUCCUUGGGCCAUGGAGCUUCUAUGCCGUCCUCCUCGGCGUGUCCAGAGGAGCUUGCGACUGCAGCGGAAGAGUCGAUCAUUGAAGAGCCCUUGUCCGCAGCGCCUGUGCCUGAGCCGGAGCAGCAGCCUGAGGAGACUGAGGCUUACUCGAUCGGCGAUGAGAUGGACGUUGAUGACGGGGACAACGUUCCCGAUGAGGAGGCGGCGCGCUUUUUGCACGAGUAG